UUAUAAAUAGAGUUAUUCAAUUCAAUUCAUUAUAAAUCAGUUAUUUAUUCUCUUUUUGCGUCCAAAUAGCCACCGCCUCUCUCUUUUUCUCUACUCUAGCACAUUCCGUCGCUUCUCCAAUUUCAAUCUUCUUUCUCAAUUUCCGCAUGAUUCUCGCCGUUGUUUUGAGGUGAAAAAUAUAUUGGUGGAGAUUUAAGAAGGACAAAGAUUUACUUGCAUACACAACUCUGGCCAAUUUUAUAGAGAUAGCUGCAUCAAUUGGAACAGGUUUUGAUCUUUUGUUUUUCGGCUUCGGGUUUUGUUCACACAGGUUUCCAGAUACUGUUCUGUUCCAUCCUACUGAUUACGGCUAAUAAUCGAUCCAAUGUGAUUGCUGUUGAAAUGGAAGUGGUAAUUUGAUUUCAUAGAAAGUUUGAGAAUAGGUUUUGUAUUUUGAGAUGGCACUAUUAAGGUGCUUUUUGAUUUCGAAUGAGACUAAGGUGAAAAAAAAGGCGGGGAAACAAAAAUCUUUGAAAGUGAGUUUUGAUGCUCUAAUUUCCAAACUACAACAGCGGGUAUCAUCUGAGCCGCGUGAUUCGGAACCAACCACUUUUGAUGUUACUGUAACCAAUGGUUUUCAGAUAAACUCGAGGAGUGAUGUUAGGGUUAUGCGUCUUGAGAGUCCUGUGAAAGCUGGAGUGGGAGAAGUUUAUAAAGGUGGAGAUGAAACUGAGAAUGAAAAUUUGGCCUCAAUCAAGAGGGAGCUCUCGGAUUUUGAUCUUCAAUCCGAUGAACCAGCUGCAAGCAAAGAAGGGUAUGAUCCAAAAGAGAAAAACCAAGUCAGCUAUGAAUUGGAAGAUCAAAGCGAUAGAUACAGCCGAAAGAGUGACCCUGGUAUUGGGAAAUCUGAUUUUCUGGGUUCUCCAAAACUCAAGCGUUCGUGCUCGAACAUUGAAAAUAAGGAUGUUCAUAGGCAGAUAAAUGAGUACUUGUCUCCAUCAAAGUCUCCAUCUUUUGAAGACUUUCGCGACUUAUUUACAAACCCGAUGGUGAAUCUUAAGAGGUCUAGGUCUGUGAAAAGUGACUGCAGUGCUGAUAGAGUGAUGUUUAAACGACAUUCUUCGAGUCAAGUACUCCCGUCUGGAAGUAAAAAAUUGUGGUGGAAGUUGUUCCUCUGGAGUCAGAGGAACAUACAUAGAACAUUCUCUAGAAAAUCGAAACUUGUUCCUGCUAUUAGUUCUUUAAGCGAUCAAUUAGGGUAUUCUUCCGACACCCUCGAACCAAAACAAUUGAAGGCAAUGAAACAUGCGCAAUCCUCCGUGUCAUUUACUACGCAAUCCAUUAGCGAAAUCACCGAUGACAAUGAUCAAAGGCAGAACAGAUUUCCUAACCAAUGGCUUGCUUUCUCGACAGAAUCUUCUUCUUAUGCUAGGGUGGAUGCAUGGGUCAAAGAUCUUGAAAUUCAGGAACCGGUUCCGGAGGAUGGUGUUCUUGAUCACAACGCCGGAAGCAUUUCCUUCCCGCCUUUUCCUGAUGCCGGUAGACCAAUGAUAGGAAGCACAUCUCAGUUGCCUGAUUCAAAUUCCAAUCUUUCAAAGGAUAUUUUGAAAGCCAAUAGUAUGGUCCAGUCUCUAAAUCCAGCUUCAUCGGUUGCUCACAUAUCCGGCAUUGGUAUAAAAGUCAUUCCCAUGAUAUCACACUUCUCCAAUCUCCGCUCUGUCAAUUUGUCCAACAAUUUCAUAGUUAGCAUCAUAGCAGGAUGUCUACCAAAGAGUGUUCAAACACUUAAUUUGUCAAGAAACAAGAUUAGCACCAUCGACGGUCUCAAAGAAUUGACCCGGUUGCGAGUACUUGACCUAAGUUACAACUGCAUCUCAAGAAUUGGACAAGGUUUAUCAAACUGUACACUUAUCAAGGAGCUAUAUCUUGCUGGAAACAAGAUAAAUGAUAUUGAGGGGCUACAUAGGCUGUUUAAGCUAACAGUUCUGGACUUGAGCUUCAACAAAAUCACAACAACGAAAUCGUUAGGUCAGCUCGUGGCUAACUACAACUCACUCCAGGCUCUUAAUCUACUCGGAAACGCUAUUCAGAGAAACAUCGGUAACCAACAGCUGAACAAGUCUGUAUCGGGCCUUCUUCCAAAUCUGGUGUUUCUGAAUAAACAACCUCUCAAGUCUAAAAGGGGGGCACGGAACAUAUUUAUGAAAAGUGUUGCCAAUGCUGCACUUGGGAACAGCAAGAAGAGGAGCUCCGGAAGAAGAUUGAUGAAUCGAGUUGGACAACAGCGAGAAGGAUCGGGUGCCGCGUCAAAAAGCACGAACGGGACAAGGAGGUAAAAUUCAAAAGGACAGUUGCUUGUAGAAGGAACAAGUCAUCAGAAAUUUGUUCAGUUUUGGUGUUUAGAAUGUUUCAUUUGUAUAUAAAUAAGAGAAAACUCAUUUUGGUAAUAUACAAUUACAAUGCCUCGUGUUUAUAGCAUAAUAAGAGGAAACUGUGUGUGCAUUGAAUAAUGUCUUUUGUUUUGUUAAAUGUUGAAGUGAAGAGUUUGGAACUUGA